CCGAACGCUUUGUUUUUGUUUGAUUUUUUCUGCGAAGCACAUGCAUUUUGAGCUUUCAGUAGCGUUUUUCCGUUUGCAGUGUUCAUUGGUUUGCAUUCGACCGUAAACAACUGAGGUUUCUCUUUAGCCAAGCCACAGAUUUUGAUGUACCACGUUGUCUAAAAUGGACUACAAGCGAGUUGACUCCCCACCGGCUUAUUCCGAUGAGAUUGCCAGUGCUCCACCAGCAGAAAUGGACAUGAACCAAUACCAGGUGUCGCCGGUCCAGCAUCUUUAUCCGCCGGUACCCCAAAUGGCUCAGGUAACGCCGAUGGCUCCACCUCCCGUGAGUGUGGUUCACCACCAGACCACCGUCUUGGUGGACACUCCCGGCCAAGGAAUGAUUUGUCCCCAUUGCAACGCUCGGGUUCGAAUGCGUGUGGAGCACCACGCCACUGGAAAAACCUACUGUUUGGCGGCGGUUCUCUGCUUAUUCUUUUGUUGGCCCUGCGUCUGCCUCCCUUGUUGCUGCAACUGUUGCUAUAAGACCUCCCAAUUCUGCCCCAAUUGCAAUGCCUGUUUGGGAUCUUUCUGAAGACGCCAGCGAAAACACUCGCCAAUUUCAUACUUACACAAAAACAUAUUCAUAUUCGAAUAAAUAAGUUUGUAUUUGUAUUUCGUUAUGUAUGUAAGCCGACUUGAAGUGGUGCAUUUAUCAUACCAACACUUAAAACUUAAGUAUAUAUAUAUGUAUAUACAACAGUCUUAUACAACACUGUUUACUGUAUGCCAAACGGUAAACGAAAGAAGAUAAAGAAAUAAAGCUUUGCAAAGCGAA